AUGCCACUAUCAGCCUCCUCGAGUUUCUGUGAUCAGCAUACAUAUAAUCUCCACACGUACCCGGAAAACAAACACCAUUCAUAUCGUGUUCCCCAACGGGCCACUUUCGUCGAUCACAGCGAGGGCAAGACCAAAAUGCCAGAUCCUCGCUAUCUACAGCUCCAUCACAUCUGUGCCAAGGUUCUUCGCUUGUCGGGUGCUGCACAGGUUGUGGAGACAUUCGAGAGGGAAAUUGAACAGCUGGAUGUUCUUGCGGUGGAUGGAUCAUCGGCAAAAUACCUGAGUGAGGCACUAUCUGUAGCUCUCCCCCGGACUAUGGCGGUGCACUGA